AUGCAGCAACCACCAAGUGGGCCUGGCAAUUGCUUGACAUUAAAAAAAAAAAAAUUUAAAAAAAAUUUUUUUUCUGAAGGGCUCUAGGGUAUAGGCUAGGGAGGGGGAACCGAGGCUUCUAACCCAGUCCCCGCCUAAGCUGCAUUGUGUGCAGCUAAGCUCGAGGCCAGCGUUGAGCAAGAUCUUGCUCGGGUGUGA